AUGUGGGAGGAGACCUUCGACACAGAGAAGGAUUACACGCCAGUCUCGUGGAGUGAAUACUUUGAGAUGAUGGACGAUGUGGUGCUGGGCACAGCGGAGAGCAAAGAUGUGUUCCGUGUGUAUAAGAGUGGCGUGGACGGGCCCUUACUGGUGCUGCUGCAUGGGGGAGGACACUCCGCUCUCAGCUGGGCUGUUUUCACAGCCGCUAUGACCAGUAGAGUGACCUGUAGAGUUCUGGCCAUGGAUCUACGGGGGCACGGUGCCACUCAAGUCCGACAUGCUGACGAUCUCUCCACUUACACCAUGUCCAGGGAUGUGGCCAAUGUGGUGCGAGCUACCUACGGGGAGUUCACGCCCCCUAUCAUCCUGGUUGGCCACAGUAUGGGCGGGGCCAUCGCGGUGCAUGCCACCAGUGGAGCUCUGCUGCCGUCUGUGGUGGGCCUCGUCGUCAUCGAUGUCGUGGAGGGAAGUGCCAUGGAGGUUCUCCACAGCAUGCAAAACUUCUUCAAGGGCCGGCCCAAGUCCUUCAAGACAAUCGACCACGCCAUUGAGUGGAGUGUUAAGAGUGGCCAAAUUAGGAACUUGGAAUCUGCCAGAGUGUCAAUGGUUGGUCAAGUCAGAAGUGUGGAGCAGGUGAGUCCGGUGGGGGAGUGCUUGGCUGAGGCAAACGAGGAGUUCUAUGAUCUCAACUACGCCACGGACAAGGCCGAGAGUGCCGCCACCGACAUAAGCGCCAGUGAACCGGAGCAGACCCUGAGUGCGUACUGCUGGCGUAUCGACCUGUCCAAGGCGGAGAAGUACUGGGACGGCUGGUUCAGGGGCAUCUCCAACCUCUUCCUCAGCUGCAACGUGCCCAAGCUGCUGCUGCUAGCAGGGAUCGACCGCUUGGACCGAGACCUGACCAUAGGCCAGAUGCAAGGUAAAUUCAUGAUGCAGGUGCUGCCCCCAUGUGGACAUGCAGUGCAUGAAGACACACCAGACAAAGUUGCUGAUGCACUGGCCAGUUUCAUGAUCCGACACAAGUUUGCAGAGGCCAAAAGCGAAUCAAAAAGCUCCUCCUAUCCAUUCAUGCGAUGAGGACAAAUAAG